AUAAGAGCGGCAGUUAUGGUUUGUUGUUGAUUGUUGUCAGCUAGAUAAAAACCUAAACAGCCUUGUAUUUUGAAUGACUUACAGCAGCUUUUUAACGACUUAAAUUAAUCUACAAACAUCGGAAUUCUAUCGAAUGAACUUUAUUUCAACCAGUCAGAGCAAGAUAUACUUACUCGAAUUGAACGUGAAAAAUGCACAAGACAAGACUAGCUGGAAAACAGUCCUCUUGUGGUGUUGAAAAGAAUAGGACACUUAAAACAUCCAUACGCAAAAGCACUUACAGGGUCGGAUAUACUUGGAACCGAGGUGGAAGGCUUAAAGAGCUAAGGAUAAGGCACCUUGCUCGAAAGUUCCUCCAAUUGUGGAUUCAGAAGACAUUUGGACGGAUAACAACAUCACAAGCCAGAUCUCACUAUUGUAAGGUGAUUUUAAGGAAGGCCCUAGUGGCAUGGAAAGAUGAGUGGUGGCAUUCAAGAAGGGAAUGGACUCUAAACAUAAGGGCAGAUUGUCAUUAUAUGUAUAUGCUGUACAGCAAGAUAUUUCAAGCCUGGCAGGAGUAUGCUGCUGUCCAGAGAGAAGAUAAAAAGAAACUACAACUUGCAAUACAUUUUGCGACCAAGCACGAGCUUCGUUGUGUGUGGAAUGGAUGGGAGCUGUAUGUGGACAUGUGUCGCAUGAAGCACAGGAUGCAACAGGCGGCAGCACAGCACAAAAGACAUGCUGCUCUAAAGUGGGUUUGGACUGUUUGGCACAUGGCACUACAUUGCAGAGAUGAGGAGUACCAUCAAGAAGACCUUGCCUUACAAAAGUGGGCUAACACUUUACAGAGCAGAGCAUGGAUGCACUGGAGAGACAGGAUGAAACAUGCCUGUGUUCUCAAAGAGACAGAGUCCAAAGCCCAUCAUCACCAUUGUCUUCACCUGUUGAAACAUACACUACAUGGAUGGAUCAGUUACACACAGAACAGACAGGCUAAGAACAGGAAAACAGCUGUUGCUCAGGAUGAAUGGCGUAUCUCUGUGCUGGAGAAGUAUUGGAUUGUGUGGCACAAGGCACUGCAAUACAGGCAUGUUGAGAAAGACAGAGGGGAGAGAGCCGACAAAUUGGCACAGCAUGGCUCACAGCGCCUAACGUUCUCACGCUGGAGACACUAUGUCAGUAUGUGCACACAGAAGGCUAAGAAGGAAAAGUCUGCCAUGCAACACAGACACCUCUGUCUGCUGCGUUUGGGUUUAAAAGGCUUGGCCCUAAAUGUCACACAAAGUAAAACUCAUCGUCUCAACAAAAACAUUAGUAUCCAGCAUCAUCAUCACAUUUUGUUGGUUAGGUGUUGGAAAGUCUGGCAGUUGCGCUUGGAUCAGGCAGAAGACCAAAGUCUACAGCCCCAGAUGAGUGUUGCAAAAAUGCAUAACAGCUGCUCUGUGUUGAGAGUUUUCCUUCAUCGUUGGAAAAAUCAGCUCACAGUGCAAAGGCAGAUGCAGGAUUUGGAACUACGUGCCGACACCUGCUUUGCUGGGCGUGUCCUUCCACAAUGUGUGAGCUAUUGGAUGGAGUUUACAGCACAAUGCACAAAGAAACGAGAAAGGAAAGAGAGAGCAGCACAGCAUUAUAAGCAGCAUACUCGUAGUUGGGCAUUUUACACCUGGUGGAGUAACUUUGAGCUACAGAGAGAUCGGAGACUGGCUGAAAGAACGGCUGUACUGCAUGCUGAGCAUGUGUGUUUUGGCCGCACCUGGUCUAAGUGGUACAGCAUGGCUGUGCAACGUAGAGAGGAGAGAUUUAAACAAGCAGCAGCUGACUCACUUUACACAAGCACAGUGCAACGCAAAUCUCUGAAUCAAUGGAGACACAAUGUCACAAUGAUACAGACCAGUCAGAGACGUUUCGAGCAGGCGGAGGGUCAUGAUAGACAGCAUUGUCUGAGAAAAGCCAUGACAGACUGGCAUGAGUUUGUAGAUCACAGAAGAUGGAAGAGAAAGAGACUUGUACAAAUGGAAAAACACUACCAAAGUAAACUGCUCAGUCAUACCCUAGAGGCUUGGAAGUCAUACAAUGUAGAAAAUCAGCUAGUCAACCAAAAUGUGGAACGCUGUUACCAAGAGCAUCAGAACCACCUGGUCAGGAGAAUGUUCUGUUUAUGGAGGACAAAUGUGGCACUUUUGAAGGAGGAGAGAGCGAAUGAAAGCAGAGCAAAGUGUUUCUAUCAAAACCAUCUGAUAUCUCAGGUGCUUCGUGCAUGGCGACAGAAAACGGCAGCUGCCGUAAUUCGCCAUCACCAACAGGAGGAAGCACUAAGAGAAGCUCGAACACACCUGGAUCAAGUACGUGUGCAGGUGGUUUUGAGGAGAUGGAGAGAGCGGAGCAUGGAGGUAAGGAAUGAGAGACUGGCAAAUGAAAGGACGAGCAGACAUUACAGCAGAACACUUGGCAAAAGAGCCCUCAACUCUUGGAUCAGUAAUAUUCACCACUGCAAAAACUUUCAGGUAAUGAAACAAAAGAGCAUUGAGCAUGACAGAUUAAAGAUUUGUCAGCGCUUUUUUGUCUACUGGAAAGCACAGCUGCAGAGCAGAAGAAGAGAGGCAGAGCAUACUGAGACCGCACUUUGGCAUUGGUCCCUCAACCUACAGGCCAAGGUGUUUUGUGUGUGGAGGCUUUGGCUCGCAGAGCGUCAGAGAAAACAGAAACGGUUGACUGAAGCAGCUCAGUUUUACAGAUAUGAACUGCUGAGAGAGGGUGUCACACACAUCCUCACACACACAGCACACAUGAGUGCUUUCUCAACCAACAUGGCACAGCACAGCUACGAACAGAGUUGUCGGCAGCUACAGGAAGUAGUAAGGCGGUGUGCCUUACGAUGGAAGCAGCGGGCGCUGUGUAACAUUGCCAGAGGUAAAAUGAUACCCUCUAAAGACAGUCACAAGAAGAGUGUGUCCUUCUGUCUGCCUGAAGAUCACACACCCAUACCCACCCCCUGCCCAAUCAGGAGCCAAGCAGUAGAGGAGAGGCAGAAAGAUUCCAUCAUCAAUCAGCUUUUGUCAGUUCGAGCAUCUAGAAUGCAACCACGGAGACCAGAUGACCUCCUGCAGUCCCCAGCCAAAGAUCUGCUACAGUACUCCAAGAUUAGCAGUACACAGAUGUCAUCUGUAAUAGAGACUGAGAUAAGGCCUCCCUUGAACUACUCCAGCACUAUCCCCAAUUCCUCUCUAUUACCCUCAGUCCUUUUAACCCACAAAACACUGGAGUUGCCUACGCUGGUGUCAAAACCAAAUAUGCUCCCCCUCAGACCUGGCCCUCCAGGAUAUACAACCACACUGAUUAGCACAACUGACCAGGACAUACUUCUGCCUCCCUCUUCAUUUACAAAAGCAUCAAUAGCACAGAGCAAGCAAACAAGCCUAAGCAUGAAGGAGUCUUCACUGGAUCAUCCACAAGGUGUUUGUGUGAGACCACCUGAGCAAGAAGAGAUUGAAGAAGAUGAGCCUGUGGAAGCAAACUCAGGCCAGAUUGAAAAACUAACCAAAGAACUACUAGAUAUCAGACUGGCGAUGCAACAAUACCAACAAGACCGAAAACGGUUACAGACGUGGCAUAAGCUUAAAAAUGUCUUUAGUAACUGGCUUCAAACAACAGGCAUUGAGGGAGAAACUGAAGAAAGAGAAAGUGUCUUGAAGGAGUUAAAUGAGCUUGAGAGUCGCAUUUCUACUCUAUCUGUAAGACUAAACAGGCAGAAACCCACCAUGAUUCGCCAUGCUGACAGAGUUAACACCAUCCAGUCCCAACUACUCCAGUCAUCAGUGAACAUAUAGACAUCUAUUCAGCAUGGAGUAUGCUACUAAUGUUCCUUGCAACACAAUGCUUAGAGUUUGUGAUAGCUAGACACAUCCCUUGAAAAGCUUAAUUACAGUAUUGUUCACACAGUAAUUCAUUUCAAAUCAAGGCUAGACCUGCUUUGCAGACCAUCAACAUUUCAUUGUAACAUUGUCUCAGGAACUAUUCUGAAUUUGUUUGUAUUGUGGGGAUCCUUGAGACUUUAUUUAAAACCAGUUUUUUUUAAUUAAUUGCAGUUAUCAGGUUGAAUUUUGUUUAUUUUUUC